AUGAUCAUCGAGAAGGACGGCCUGGGCGGCCUCUUUGGCCGCGGCCUGCGCACCAAGAUCAUUGCCAACGCCAUCCAGGGUGUGAUGUUCAGUGUGCUGUGGCGCCUGGGCCAGGACCUGCUGAGGGAGCGCGAGAAGAAGAAGGCCGCGGAGGACGCCGCCGCCGCCGCCGCCGCUGCCCCCGCCUCCAAGAAGAAGUGA